CGGCGACGCUCUGCCCCCGCCGCCGUCGUUGGUUCUGGCAUCUCUGCGGCCGGUGUGCGGGUGAAAGUCACUUUGAGGAAGAGGCCGGGCCGUCGUCGCUGCCGUUGUGAGAAAGGAACAUGGCUGAAAGCGUCCAGACCAAGUUGGAAAACUACACAACCGCUCCGUUUGACAGCAGGUUCCCCAAUCAAAACCAAACACGGAACUGCUGGCAGAACUAUCUUGAUUUCCAUCGCUGUGAGAAAGCCAUGAACGCCAAAGGAGGAGAUCCUUACGUCUGCCAGUGGUACAAACGGGUGUACAAAUCCCUUUGCCCAAUUUCUUGGGUCACCAGCUGGGAUGAGCGCAUGGAAGAGGGGACCUUCCCUGGCAAAAUCUGAUUGACUUGUGUCUGCCAACAGCUCCCCUUCUCAGGACAUUGUUGUGCUGUGUGAUCCCGUCUAUGUGGUGACUCUGAACCAUCGUCUGAAGGAUCUCUCUUUCUGGGUCUUGUCCAUUUGAGCAUGCAACAUCCUGUGAGAGUGCAGAGUCUUGGAUGUUGCAAAUUCUAAUUAAAGGCAUAUAAAACCUA